ACAAACUUUGAGAAUUAACGAGGAGCUCCCUCAGUGUUUUGUGCUGGGAAGUGCUUAGAAAUUAGUCAAUCAAAACUAACAAAUUCGUAUAAGGACACGUCCUGACCAUACAUCCACAGUAUGACGGUAUACCCAGGGAAUUAUUUCAGAACAGGACCGAAUGCUCCAGGAAACAGUAACUCAGCUAAUGUAACAGUUGUUAAAGUACUAUGUGAAUUUCACCAGGUUCAUUUAUCAAUAUGUUGUGUUGAUUUGUUAUGCAUGCCUGCAUCCUGGGAGAAGGGGAGUGUGUACUUACGUUUUGCCCGGUGUGCUCGUGCUCAAAUCAUUUUGAUGCACUGAGAGAGUUGGAUGGACAUCUUGUGUCCCUGCCCCUGGGCCUGAACAGUCAGCUGAUGGUGUUCUGCAGUGGCCAACGAGCGGUGGUGGAGACUGCUGUAUCACGCUGACCUUUGACUGGCACAGCACGGUGCACGUCAAUCUCCCCAGCCCCUACUAGGGGGCGGCCUGUGUGGCAACUGCAACGCCAUGCCCCAGGACGACCUCACUAUGCGGGACAGUCAUCCCGCUACCGACGCCACCUGGCUGGUUCUCUCCUGUCCAGCCAACAGCCACUAUAGCCUCUGUGCCCCAGGCUGCCUGCCACCUGUACAAGCCUCUCUACAUGUCGCCAGUCCUGUUCUGAGGGCUGCCAGUGUGACAAAGGCUACCUGCUGAGUGGUGACGCCUGCGUACCCAUGGCCCAGUGUGGCUGCUCUUACGAGGGGCACUACUACAGGAAGAGGGAGACCUUCUACCCCCAGGGUCUGGAACAGUGUACCUGUGGGGAGAACGGAGCAGUGGUGCCGGGGAGGCCUGUAAGGUGGUAAACUGGGUGUUGGGGUGCCACCCAAUUGGGCAGGCCACGUGUUUGGCGUCAGGCGACCUCCACUACAUGUCAUUCGGACGCAGGUUCGACUUACACGCUGGCCAAGGUGUGUGAAGACGACAAAGGCAGACUGACCGGCUUCACCGUGACUCAAGGAAUUGAAAAGUAUGGCAAUGGGAAGGUGGCUGUCACUAACAUGAUCGUGUCUGUCACACCUAUGCCAUCAUCAUGGGGCAGGGGAUGAGCUGGAGAGUGAUUGUAAGUGAACAUCUUUUUGAACAACUUUUAGAUUAUUGUUUUUUUUUCCUAUACUUAAAAUAACCUGUAGUCCACGCCAGGGGUGGUGGCCCUGGGAGUUGUCCUUUCUGUGCUCCUGUUUGGUCUUGUCCUAUCCAACACAGAUGGAUGAGGAGCUGGUGAACCUUUCUCUCUCUCUGUGCUGGUCGGUUAUGGCGACCCAGGAGGGUUGUAACAUUAUCCUCCAGACAGACUUCGGCCUGCGGGUGCUCUAUGACACCGUGUACUUCGUCAAAGUCAUCGUUCCCUCCACCUACCAGAGCAAGAUCUGUGGCAACUACAACACCAAGCCAGACAACGACUUCCGCCUACCAAAUGGGCAGCGUGUAUGAGUUUGGGAAGGCGUGGGUGCUGGACCUCCCUGGGGCAGUGUGUGGAGGCUGCGGCGGGCAGUGCCCAGUAUGUGAUCAUGCCAAGGCAUCCGAGUACGGUAGGCUAGACUCCUGCGGCAUCAUGGCAGCAGACAAUGGGCCCUUCCAGGCCUGCCACAAUCAGGUGAACCCGGCAGCAUACGUGGCCCACUGUGUGUUUGACGUGUGUGCCAUGGACGGGGACAGAGGGACUCUGUGAGAGCAUCCAGGCUUACGCCAUCACUUGUCAGCACGCUGGGGCCCGGAUACAGGCCUGGAGGAGCAGCUCCUUCUGCUGGUCGUUACAGCUGUAUUCAGACAAAAAAAAUAAUUUCUCACCGUCACAGGGGAUCUGACCUCCUGACCUCAACCCCUCCUUGCCUAAUCCACAGAUGUCCAUCUGCUUCCCCUAUAGCAAUCCUGUGAUCUCCUCCCAUCCACUCAGCACAUUCCACAGCCACUCUGUCUUUCUACAGAUCUUACUCCUUUAUAUACGUCUGAUCUAUCAUGUCUUUAAUAUCUCAAAUUUUAGAAUCCAACACUACUUUAACCACCCUGCAGAACAUUGUGAUGUAGAAGUGAUGUACUGUAUUAGUCUUGCAUAUUUAAAUCCACUGUCAACUCUCUCUCUCAUGGUAUUCCCCUGCAGCUGUCUCCUGCCCAGCUAACAGCCAUUACGAGCUAUGUGCCAACACCUGUGGUACUAGCUGUGCCAGCCUGGUGGACUCCUUCACCUGCUCUUCUAGCUGCUUUGAGGGCUGCCAGUGCGACGUGGGCUUCGUCUCUGACGGUGACAAGUUUGUCUUCAUGGAUAUGUGCGGAUGCGUCUCUACGACGGCCUGUAUCUGAUGGCCUCGGCGAGUGAGGUGUGAGAAGCUGAUCUGUGCCAGUGGAGAAGUCUGUGGGGUGAAGGACGGGGUCAGAGGAUGCCAACUCAAACAGGGGAACUGCAUGGUCCACCCUGGUGCCAACUUCACCACCUUCGAUUGCAUGAAGGGGGUUAUGAGGUAGCCUCUGACCAGACCUCUGCCCAGUGGUUCAGGGUGGUGGUGGAUGUCUGCAGUAACGGAGCCUAUCCCAAUACAGUCUACGUCUUCUUCAAGUAUGUCACUGUCAACAGCCAGCACAACACCUGGGUGAGUCAGAAUGUGUCCCUUCCCAGCACUCCAGCCAGACAGCUGUCUGUCAGCAUCGCCAACAGGACAGUGGUCAUCGAGAGGGAUUCUGGUGUGCGUGUCACCUACUCCAUCUCCCAGGAGCUAUUCGUUACUGUCGACAACCACCUGGCUGGCAAGGUGUGCGGAGCCUGCGGCAACUACCAUGGUAUUGUCAAGGAUGCCAUGACAACAUCCAACGGGAAAUCCUCCACAGAUGUGACUGUGAUCGUUGGCUACUGGUGGGUUGGGGACUUCUCUAGCUGUGGCCUGUAAGAAUGCCGUUUCUCCAUCUGUACUCAACUAUACAAUGAAGGACUGACAUUUCCUCCUGAAUAUUUGAAUAUUGCACUUUGAAGAAAUCCUGCAUUUCCACUUGCUUAGAGCAAUAGUAACAAUUGAGGUCACUCAACUUUGGUUUAUCAUUUCUAUGUACAGUGAUUUGCAAAAAUGAAUUUGACUGUAACCAUUUAGAAUUUGUCAAAUCUUACUAUGAAGUUGAGCACUUUCACCUACAUAUGAUGCAAUGCAAAUGUUGAAGUCUAUUGUCCAACUCAAAUUGCUUAUGCACAAAUAAAGUACUACUUUCAAAUA